AUGAGAGUGAGAAAAGCUUACAUUCUGGUAUUGAUUUUAUCCAUUCUAGUUGUGGAUGAAUCUUCCCCGUUUCUUCUCCGACCAGCUUCAGCUAAUGCCUUGUUCAAUAUACCAUUGUGGUUCAGAAUAUUCAGAACGCUCAAAAACCUAAAUUUUAGCUUCAUUUCCAAAGCACUGGAUAAAUUGAGAUCAUUCAGGCGCGCCCACAAUGGUCGCCUUCGAAUAGGAGACGUCGUCGACGGCAUAUCCAAGCUUUAUGACUAUUUCAAGUUGUUCGGUUACAUUAAUUCCACUUUGAAUUCAGACAACACCGGUAAAUUCUCCGCAGAGCUCGAAUCAGCCAUUGAAUACUUUCAGAAGACUUUCCACCUCAACGUCAACGGCCAGCCCGACGACCCCACCGUGUCGCUGAUCACUCUCCCGCGAUGCGGCAUUCCUGAUGUUAUAAAUAGCUCCUCCACUUUGUUGGGGAAUCGCACGACGUCGUUUAAAAAAUGGUUGCCGGAGGGAAAGAAAGAGCUCACUUAUUCUUUUUCACCAGAAAAUGAAACGACGACCUCGUUGAAGGAUGUCUUCUCGGAUGCCUUCCGCCGUUGGUCAAACGUGGCAAGGAUGAACUUUACGCAGACGACGUCUUUCAACGAAGCUGACAUUAAAAUCAUGUUCGCGUCGUUGGAUGAAGAGCUAGGAGUGGUUGGCGGUUCGUGGUUGGAUGAUACGGCGAAGAGCUGGGACGUCGUUUUGGACUCCGAUGAGAAGUGGGCGUUGCUGAGCGAGGACACAACGGAGAGCGACGAACUGGACCUGGAGUCGACGGUGAUGCACCAGAUCGGUCACGUGCUUGGACUGAGCCACUCGGCGAUAGAGGAGGCGGUUAUGUACCCUUUCGUUCUGCCAUCGAAGAAAAGGAAGGUAGAUUUUGCACAAGAUGAUUUGGAGAGGAUUCGGCAACUCUACGGUACAAAAUCCGAUUCCCCAAAGUUAUCGCAGACGCAAUCUCCGCCGCCGGGCGGCGGAGGAGUCGGUGGCGUUGGGCCGUGUUGGAGUCUGAUUUCCACUUUAUUUCUCGGAAUUAAUUCGCUUUUCUGGUUCUGAAACACGAGUAACCUUGAGUACCAUAGUUCUGAGCUGCUGGACCUAUCAAUAAAGUGCACGUGUACGACAUUUACAACUGUCAUUAUUAUCUACCAAUAGCAUUAAUGUAUUAUGGCUGCUCUUUUUGUUUUGUUUUUCGUUCUAAACAUAUUACUAUGAUUAGAGGAAAAUUUUCUGAUAUUGAUGGGUGUGUCCUGGGACUGUGAGCCUUUAUGGCCAAACUUGGCAAUAUAAAAGCCUCUUG